CCUCCUUGCUGGUCUACACCAAGGCACAAUCCAAUAUAGACUCCUUUUCAUCUUGUCUGCUGAAUUGGUAGAGAAUCGGUCUGAUGGAAAUCCCCAAGAGAAAAGGGUCGAAGAAGAAGAAGAGAGGUGGUUCAAAGAGAAGAAUGACAUCUGAACAGACUUGGGCAUACAAUUGUGUGAGUGAAUGGGUUUUCGUGGACCGCUCUCAUUCUUCACCCACUGACGAUUUUGCCCUUCCUUGGAAUCAGCCUAAAGAGAAAUUAGUGUUUGAGUUACAUUCUCAUUCUCUUCAUAGUGAUGGCUUCUUAUCACCUUCCAAGCUCGUCGAAAGAGCCCAUCAAAAUGGGGUGAAAGUUCUUUCAUUGACAGAUCAUGAUACUAUGUCUGGCAUCCCUGAAGCACUGGAAGCAGCUAGUAGAUUUGGCAUUAAAAUUAUUCCCGGAGUUGAAAUUAGUACAAUGUUCUCCCAAGGGAGGGACUCUGCAUCAGAUGAACCAGUCCACAUUCUUGCUUACUACAGCAGUUGUGGACCAGCAAAAUUUGAUCAAGUAGAUAAGUUCCUGAGUAGUAUACGGGAUGGACGUUUCCUCCGUGCCGAGAACAUGAUUUUAAAACUUAACAAACUGAAGUUGCCACUUAAGUGGGAGCAGGUAGCAAAAAUUGCAGGAAAAGGAGUUGCUCCAGGGAGGCUGCAUGUUGCCCGUGCUAUGGUUGCAGCUGGCCAUGUAGAGAAUCUAAAACAGGCAUUUUCCCGAUAUCUUUAUGACGGAGGACCUGCUUAUGCUACGGGAAGCGAACCACUUGCAGAGGAAGCCGUCCAAUUUAUAUGUGAGACAGGAGGUGUGGCAGUUUUGGCACAUCCAUGGGCAUUAAAAGAUCCAAUUGCUGUUGUUAGAAGAUUGAAAGAAGUUGGCCUACAUGGUAUAGAGGCCUACAGGAGUGAUGGAAAACUAGCAGCAGCAUACAGUGACCUAGCAGAUGCUUAUGAUCUGCUGAAGCUUGGGGGUUCAGAUUUCCAUGGAAGAGGAGGGAAGCAGGAGUCUGAUGUGGGAAGCGCGGGCCUUCCAAUGUUGGCGGUCCAUGAAUUUCUCAAGGUGGCCCGCCCUAUCUGGUGCAGAGCCAUUACGGAAAUUCUGGAGAAUUACAUAGUUAAUCCCUCAGAAACAAACUUACAACUUAUUAUGAGUUUUGGAAAGCCUAAAGUUUGCUGGGGCAUUUCUCCUGGGAAUUGUCCUGGUGAUUUUAUCAGCCGAUGCUUAUCAUUCUGGUUGACAAAUGAGGAGAGACAGAAUGUGGAAUUUGAAGCCAUCAAACUGAAGCUUGCAGCCAUCUCAGUCAAUCAAUGAUAGAAACAGGUUCUGCAGUGCGGAUAUCCAUUUUUGCCAUAAUUUUGGGACACCAUAGCUUAACAUAUCUAUCUAUCGUCUAUAUUAGUUUAAUUGUGGUCACAGAAGAGGUGAUGUGGCACAUCUCUUAGGCAAGGAAAACUAUUUAUCAUUUUUCUCA